UCAAGAUGGCGUUCAGUGUAAUGUUUGUGUUGGUAUCGUGAAGUACCAACAGCUGUGAACUUUUUUUUCUCGUUUAAUAUAUUCCUCGCCCCGCCAGCAAAUAAUGAUGGUUGCUGGCUACGAUGUGUUGCGGCGAUUGUGGGCAACGAACCAACACUUAUUCAGACGAAAAGUGUAGUUAGGUGUUCGUCAGUGUGUGACGUGUGUGCAGAGCGACUAUUUCGUGCCACUUGCAACACCAGCACAGCAAGGCCAUAUUGGCUGAUGUUACAAGGACAGAUCAGUCGGUCUGCCAGACUGCCUCUGCAGUUACUGCAAAGGCUGCGGCCCCUCUACAGGAACCACAGGUUGGCCUGAUCUCUCCGCAAAUACUCCACUGUGAAUGCACCUGAUGUAUGGCUACCUGUAUCUUUGAGCCACACAUUGUUUAAGGUUCGUAUGGAGACCAAACUUGGUACAUUUAUGAAGCAGAACCUGGAAAUAAAUCCAGUGGAGAUAAGACGCCUCUAGAAGUGCACAGAAGGAAAUAGUAAAUGAAAUAUGAUGUUCGUGGAAGUGUAAGGUUAAGUAUGAUUUUUGUUGUUGACAUGCUAUACUAAAUCAGUGGUGUUUACUUGUUAGAAUACUAACUGUUAAAUGCAAUUUGAUAAAUACUAUUGACAAGUUACACGAAUGACCUUGAGAGUUGGAACAAUGGCUACAGGGAUCAGACAUUUAUCUGACACAAUUUCUAUGCGACUCUACGUCAAAACAGAGGUAGGCUACUGUGGUAUUUACUCGUGUUUUGCUGCACGGUUUAGAACUGUGUGUGAAUUCUGUCUACACUAUCUGCUUUGGUAUAGCCAAAUAAUUUCCAACCGAACUGAUCUACAGCCGAGUUCAGUGACAAUCCUCUGUAGAAAUGGCAGUACCCCUAGAAGCUACCGAUCGCAGACUCUGCAGUUUCCUCAGCUCUCUAUCCCUUUCGAGGAGCUAUAUACAUAGAUGUGGAAAUGUCGAAAUUUUAUUUUCAACUGGCAUCAUGGUGUUUCUUUGGUUCAGUAUCCUUUCAGUGCUUGGAGAUGUUGUGGGAAUUGAUUCAAUCUAGCACGUUUUUCAAAUUAGAUAUUGUGCAUCAUUUUUACUGUUGCAUGUUCUACAUUGUUGUUGUUUCUGACAUCAACAUCAGUAGUCACUCAGUCACAAUCAGUCGGCGAUUUUUAGGAUCUCGGAAAGUGGCAGGUUUCUUCGCUUCGUUGCGCGUCACGGUAAGUUUUUAUACCACGUAUUAGAAUGACACAGUUAAUACAAUAAAUAGGAGUACCGGUUAUUACGGAAUACGAAACACAUCAUCGAGGUGCUGACAAUUCGCCACUGACGUGGGAUUAUUCGGCGUGACUGCUCCUUAUACUUAUUUUUCGAAAGUGGCUUUUUUUGUAUUGUUACAGAAUUUGCUGUGUUGACAAUGCCUUUAAAGAAACGUAAGGCAAUUGGUCAAGUGCAUCCGGCAGCAAAGAAAAAGAAACAACGACGCAGACGAGAAAGGGACGCAAGAAUAGCAAAGCUGCACCAGAGAGCUGCUUCGGCCAGAGCUUCCGGGACCGAGCAGCAGUUGCCACCACAGGUGGGACCGUGGCCGGACGUGGACUGCACUCCGUGGACGUCGGACGGUAUCCCAAUGCUGCGGCCGCCGGUGGAGUCCCGGUGCUGCCGGGACAACGGGGCGGAGGUGCGACGGGACGCGUGGGGGCGGCCGCCACAGCCCGCGUGGGAGCGCGAGAGCAGCACCGGCCUUUGCUCGUUUGUGGACUCCUUCAGCCAGUCGAUGCAGAUCCUGGGCAGCCGUACUGCGGACGACGCGGCGGGUAUCGGUGCGGGUAACGUGGCCCCGUAUGGCUCUCCUGUCGGAGUGCCGGCAGUGCCGUACCCUGUGGCCGACUCUAUGGGGCUUCAGGAGCUGCAGAAUGCGAUGGGGGCCACAGACGAGGAGAUGGCCAUCCUGCAGCAGCUGGGGGGCGAGGGGCCCAUCUGGGUACCCGUCAAGGGCGAGGCUUCGGAUCUGCUGUCUCCGCCGAAGGUAGAGGAGGAGGAGGAGGAAGAGGCGGACAUUGUGGACCUGGACUGCCAGCGGAGGGCCCCAGACGUGUCGUCCGAAGGAGUCUCCUGCGGAGGCGGCGAGGCUGCGGCCGCGACGGCGGCGCGUACCGGCGGGGCUCCGGCGGACGUCGGCGGAGCGGUUCCGGACGCCUCCGGCCGGCUCGCCGUGUCUGCUCCUAGAGCUGCUGCGCCUGCUGCUAAAAGGAAGAGGCAGCGCCGGACGCGGCCGGCAAAAGCGGCGGGCAGCGGUGGGGAGAACCUGCUGGCGGCGUACGAGGCGAAGGAGAUGGUGUGCCCGUCCUGCCACCGCUUCUUCCUGGGCAUCUCAGCCCUCCAGCAGCACGUGCGAGUGGCGCACGACGGCCGCGUCGAACCCGUCAAAAGAAGGAAAAAUCACUGUUCCUCGGUCAGUGGUCCGUCCGAGUGCGUCGCGGCCUCCGCGCUGGGUACGCCCGCCGACUCGCCGCCCCGGCUGGUCUGCCCGCACUGCCGCCAACUGCUGGUCGGGAGGGACGCGCUGGCGGCUCACGUCGCUGAGGACCACCCCGGCAGCGCGGUGCCGACCGACUUCGCCACGUUGACGGCACCGCCGAACGGCAGCAGUGAAUCGGUGGGACUGAAGACUCACAUCUCGACGGCUCUCGGAGGGCUGCUCGACCGAGCCCUCAACAACUGGCCGGAGAAGGGACUCGGCUCAGGUGACUCCGCCAGCCACCACUCUCGGAGCCGCCGGACACCGAGCGUGCGGCCAAAGCUGACGGCUCCACGAUCCGAACCCGAGACCGAGGCCGGGUCGUCAUCGUCGGGGCGGCCACGACGUGUGUACGACACGGAGCUCGCCAGACGGGUGUGGCAGCAGUUGAGUUCGAGGCAGCCCCCCACCGAGUUGGAGCUGCAGCGUGCGACCGCGAGUGCCGACGGCAAGUUCGUCCUGUACCCCUACGUCUGCUUCUACUGCGAGUGCCGGUUCGAGCAGCAGAGUGUUCGCAACAGGCACAUGGUGCAGGCGCACAAGAACGAGAUCAUCACCUCCAAGGCGACGCAGUUGGAGCCUGACGCCGACCCGGAUGACGUAUCUGCCAGUGAAGACUCCAACCACAACUGCGGCACCGACUUCGGCGCGUCACGGGGACUACCCGCGCGCGGCGGUGCGGAACGCGGGGGGCCGGAUCCCCCGCUGCGGGUGUCGUCGCCCGCGUCUCCGUCCGGCGACGAGACUGUAAAGCAGAAGGCGAUGGCGGCUCUGCGGGAGCUGGGCGUGUGGGACCGCCGGCGCAGGGGCUGCCGGGACCAGAGCGUGGGCAUGGCCAGGGGCAGAGGGAGGGGGAGAGGAAGGGGGAGGGGGAGGGGGAGAGGGAGAGGGAGAGGAAGGGGCAGCAGCCGCCGCCAGGUGCUGCGGGACGAGUGGGGGCCACAGUACUCUCCGGCACGUGCAGCCGCUGCGGAGUGCGCCAUCGACACACCGACACCGGUGGGAACUGACCAACUCACAUCUCCGAAGCGGGAGAUCGAGGCCGUAUUUGUCGAAGAAGCAGCUCCGUUUCUGCACAAGUGUGAGCUGCCCGACGACCUCGAUACCGCACGGGAUCCCCUGAGCAUCGAGGAAGAGGGUGGUGUACUUGGUAACGAUCCUCUUCCCAUUUGUGAUCUGCAGAGAAUUAAGAAAGAGGUUCUUGAAGAAGAUCCAGUAGCAGUCUCAGGGUUCGGUGUCCUUAUUAAACAGGACCCAGACUUAUAUUUAGGAGUGGAUGCAACUGAGAAUAAAGUCUACUCAAAUUUCUGAUAGGAACAACAGUGCUUCAUUCGAAGAAAGUUGUCUACAAAAUAUUGCCCGUGACGAGCUGGCGACAGAAGUCGACACACUUCAUCACUUGCCGUGUUCUGACACAAAGAAUUGUCUCCCCAGAGGAGGAUUCCUUCUGCAGUGCAGAUUGUGUGCGUGUGAUGGACAGUAGCUUUCCUGUCUCCAGCUGCAGUUCGUGCCUGCAGAGCUUUUCACCAAAUACAGCCUCCUAAUGUGUGUACUCACUCACAUUGAUAAGGUAGAGUCACUGUUACUUGCUUGUAGCUACUGUGUGAAGUAUUUCUCAAUGCACUUAAGGAUGUAAAAGACAAGACAGGACAUCAUUGCAAUAUUUGUAAUGGUGUGGUUUAUUGUGUGUGGUGAAUCUACCAUUCAUUGCAACAAUAAGCAUAUAUAUUUAUAUUGUCGAACUCUAGUUUUGUAUCACGUAUUUGAUUUUGUUAUCUUUGUUUUGUGGGCAGUAAUAUGAUGAUACUAGAAUAAUGGUUACCACGAAUACUUCAGCUCCUAAUCUCCUAGCUUGCGUGUGCGAGCUUAGAGGGUGAAUAUAAUUCAACUGGAACAUUUAUUCGAGAAAAACACUGUACUGUCCAAAUUAAGUCCCAGGACACCUCCUGGGUGCUUUCGGUAAAUAAAAUAUGUUUCUUGUAUUACAUGAAGUACAAUAAUAAGUCUUUCUUUUUCAACUCCUCUUGGAAGUCUCACCUGACACGUGGUUCUGGGUGAUUUUUUCCUGAAAUGUGUCCCUUUUAUUAGAUCUCGCGUGUCCUUUCUUGUCACCCCUCCUCCUUCCCUGUCAGUACUUCUGCCUGAAGGAGGAGUCACUGGCUGUGAAAGCUUGCUUAAUUAUAAACUUCUUUUAUGUGUGUGUACUGCUGCCACUCGGUGAGUAGAUUUUUCGUCUAUUCGAUUACAUUAUAUUGUCAAAAAUUGAUUGUUUUCAUUUUAAAUGAAUUUUGUCUGGUCAAAUAACCUGUUUUUCUUGCAUAAAUUAUGUAAUUACUUUAUAUUUGCUCAACAACAUUUGAUGAGUUGUAUUGCAGAAAUGCAGCGACCACAUUUAGUUAAGUUCAACCUUAUUUAGUGCGUCAUGUGCAUCCAAUACAGUGAAAUAAAUUGAUUGAUACUUAAACAAGUACGGAAAAAAUAGUGUUAGGUUUUUGUUUUCUUUUUUGUAAAUUACAUUCGAUGUAACCUUUAUCGACAUUUAAUGUUUCUAAGGUAUCUUUGAAACUAAUCUUGUUAUUGCUCACUUUAAGCUGUAAAUGUUAUUUGUAAAGUAUAGCAAGUAUUUCUGUACAAACAGUUUUGCAAAAGAUUUUGUACUAAUAGGACUGAUUUUUGUCAUUAUCUUCUUUAUGUAGAAUGAGUAAAUUGGUUGAUACAUUACUAUGGAUAUUAUGGGCAUUACUUGAGUAAAAUUAUGGUUUUAUACACAGUCGUUCUUAUACAAUCAGUAAGUUUCUGACAGCUCAUGACACACACACAGCCUUCCUCGGCCUUGUCCCAAAUCCUGACACGUACUCACAAGAAAUCCGAAGACUUCCCAGCACCAGCCAAAAGUUCUGAAGAUGGCUUGUACAUAAGCUGAAACUGCUUAAUAAAGAAGUAUUAUUGUGAUCGCAACUGCUCAUUUUAAUUUAAAUUCCAUCACUUUACCAUCCUAUCAUCUACAGACCUUUACUUAAUACAGGGUGUAUUGUUAAUAAACAUGCGAUUUUGCACGUCUGUAUUUCUGAAACUAAUAAACAUAUACAGUGAAUUUUGUUUUUUGAUGAACAGGAAACAGAAAAAGUUUUUUUCAUACCUUUUUUUAUAGGAUUUCAAUAUGCAAUGCUUGAGAUGCACGGCAAAUGUCAGUGCAUUAUUCAAAUUGUUCCCACACAGCAGGGAGCAUGUCUCGAGUUACAGCUUUCACAGCUGCUGUUAUGUGAUCUCUCACUUAAUUGAUUGUUGUUGGUAAUGGAGGCACAUAAACGUAGUUUUUAUAAAUCCCCACAGGAAAUAAUCACAUACAGUCAGGCCCGGUAACCUAGGAGGCCAGUAAUAUAAGACUGAAUCAUGUGAUUUAAAAAUUCCUGCGCAUGCCAGUGUGGUGGUGUCCCAUCCUGUUGGUAAAUGAAGUAGUUUAAAUCAGUUACCAACUGUAGGAAAAGAAAGUACGAACAAGUUUCUGCACACUCCUUGUGAAACUACGGCGGACGUGUUCGGCGUGUGUGUCAGACACUUGGAGACGGCCCGGCAAUUUGCCUUUACACAAAAACCCAGUUUCUUGAAAUGGUUCGUGCCAUCGUCUAAUGCUUCAUGCUGUAGGAGGAUCCACACCGUAGCUGGUACAAAGGUCGUGCCGAACAGUUACUACUGCCCCCCCGCUGCGCAAAACUUGGAACGCAAAACACACUCUGGUGUCUCGACACCAUUUGUACUAGAAUCGAAAUGGGCACUCACAGCUGCUACCUAGUGGGAACCGCGUAAAACUCGAGAGUUUGCUCUUUCUCACAGUACGUUGUUCACACACGUUUCAAAUAAAAUAAUAGUUGUGAAUUUUUUAAAUUGGAUGAUUCUUUUUGAUGCACCCUGUAUAUUGGCAGAGCAUUUUCACAAAGCACAACACAAACUGCGCACAGGUGAUGUCAAACAAAGGAAGUCAAACUCUGACAUUCAAAUUCUGAUGAACUGGAGAUUUUUACACCUACCUGCUCUGCAGUUCAGCAGGUGCUGAGUGUCAGGUUGCUCCUGACAUUUAUGUUGCCAUAUGCUAAGCAGUCAAGGAUUCUAUUCACCCAACAGAGAUAAUGUCAACAGAGUUAACACAAUCUAAAAUUAUGAAAACGAUCUUGGGCAUUGUAGCAUAGAUUGCAUGAUCACUGAAGAUUUAUUUGGUCUUGUGAGACAUUUCUAGAGUGAUCGUGAUAGUGUGGAGUAAUUACAGCUACAUUUGAAAAAUGUAAUGAGAAUAAUGUAGUCCACUGCAUAUUUUUAGUUAUACAUUAUUAACAGAAUAAGUUCUUAAUUGUAUUGUUGUAUUCAUUUACUUUCAAGGAAAUUUUUGUACUUCUAUAUUAAAAAAACAAUACAAAAUAAAAUAAGCAAACAAUGAA